AUGUUUUCUCGCUGUAUCAUCCGCGUACCUCGUUUCCAUCGAGGCCUAGCUACCCAUGCGAGCGUGCCUGUCAGCACCUCGCACCCUGCCGUUCUGCAUUUGAAGACAGGACAGUCGUUCGCAGGCCGUUCUUUUGGUGCACCUUGUAGCGUGUUCGGCGAGACGGUGUUUUCCACCUCAAUCACUUCUUACACUGAGUCCAUGACCGACCCGUCCUACCGAGGCCAAAUCCUCGUCUUCACCACGCCACUUAUUGGCAAUUAUGGCGUCCCCAGCAAUAUCACUCCAGUGAACUCGCAAGAUGUUGGCGUUACCUUGGAGUCGUCCACCGUCCAAUGCUCAGCAGUUGUGGUCGCCGACCUCGCCGAGCGUUUCUCACAUCACGCGGCCGUGGAAUCCCUCGCCGCAUGGUGUGCCCGCAAUGGCGUCCCUGGCAUCACGGGUGUAGAUACACGAGCCAUCACUACCCUUCUUCGUGACCAGGGUACCACUCUCGGUCGUCUCGCUGUUGGUGAAGACGCCACUCUUCCCCCUCCGAAACCCGAGGAAUACUGGGACCCGACGACCGAGAACCUCGUCGCGCAGGCCUCCACGAAAACGCCGUACGAACUCAACCCCACUGGUGACGUGAGAGUCGCUGUGCUUGAUUUUGGUGCCAAGGCGAAUAUUCUGCGCUCGCUCGUCCGGCGGGGCGCCGCGGUCACCGUUCUGCCGUGGAAUUUCGACUUCAACACGAUCCGCGACCGCUACGAUGGCCUUUUCCUCUCGAACGGGCCCGGCGAUCCGAAUCACUGCAUGCCCGCUGCGCUCAACCUUCGCCGCACGCUUCGCGAGUGGAACAAACCCAUCUUCGGCAUCUGUAUGGGCCAUCAGGUUAUCGGCAUGGCUGCCGGCCUCGACGCGUACCGCAUGAUGUUCGGUAACCGCGGGCACAACCAGCCUGUGCUCGCGCUUGCGUCGUCGGGAAGCAUCAAGGCAGGACGCGUAUACGUAACGAGCCAGAAUCACCAGUACGCACUCCGCCUGCAAGACCCGUUCCCUGACGGCUGGGAGCCGUUCUUCAUCAACUGCAAUGAUUCGAGCGUGGAGGGUAUAAAAAGCACUGCGGAUUCCGGCAGGAAAGUCUGGGGUGUGCAGUUCCACCCUGAAAGCGCGGGCGGUCCUCUCGACACCAUCGAAAUGUUCACAGACUUCGUUACAGAGUGCCGUGCGAACAAGCUGCAACUCGGACUCCACACCGAUGGCAUGAUAGGCGGAAAAAACGAGGUGCCCACGUUGGCACCGGACAUUCCUCGACGAGUUGCAGUUGCCGCAUGA